UUCUCUUUCUCAGGUGAUUUGGUUUCUGACACACCGGAGAUGUCGAUAGCAUCACAAAUGGACCUGCCUGAAGAGAUUCAGCAUCCUUAUACAAAAUUUUCUGAAUGGAAAUUCAAGCUGUUUAAAGUGAGACCAUUUGAAAAAACAUCUUCUAAUAACAGCCAGUGCAUAAACAAGGAUCAAGCAGAAGAGGUAGCUUCUACAGACAAAGGCAUCAUGCUGCAUAAAGAUGAAGGAGUUCCAAGAGGAGAAAACUUAAUUCUGACACAGACGGACUUAAUGGGCAAUAGGCAGGCACUUGGGAAAGAUGCCAAUGACAUGAAAAUACAAGACAACACAGAUCAUCAGAACAACCUGAAGCAACUUUGCCGCAUCUGUGGAGUUUCAUUUAAAACUGAUUGUAACAAGAGAAGUCAUCCAGUACAUGGGCCAGUGGACAAUGAAACUCUGUGUCUUCUGAGAAAGAAAGAGAAAAAAGCAACCUCUUGGCCAGAUCUUAUUGCUAAGGUUUUUAAGAUUGAUGUGAGAGGGGAUGUUGACACUAUCCAUCCCACUCGAUUUUGUCACAACUGCUGGAGUAUUAUCCACAGGAAAUUCAGUAACUCUCCAUGUGAAGUAUAUUUUCCUAGGAACAGCACGAUGGAGUGGCAACCCCACUCUGCAAACUGUGAUGUGUGCCAUGGUACCAGUCGGGGAGUCAAAAGAAAAAGCCAGCCAGCCACCGUACAACAUGGCAAACGUGUGAAGACCAUUGCAGAACGUGCUCGAGUUAACAGAGGCAUAAAGAACCAAGCACAGAUAAAGAACAAAAAUGUAAUGAAAGAGAUCACCAAUUGCAAGAAUACACAUCUCAGUACCAAGCUGCUUGCAGUUGAUUACCCAGUAGAUUUCAUUAAAUCCAUUUCUUGCCAGAUUUGUGAACAUAUUUUGGCAGAUCCAGUGGAAACAACAUGUAGACACUUGUUUUGCAGAACUUGCAUCCUUAAAUGCAUCAAAGUUAUGGGCAGCUAUUGCCCCUCCUGCUGGUAUCCUUGCUUCCCUACUGAUCUGGUUACCCCAGUGAGAUCGUUCCUGAACAUCCUUGAUAGCCUGAGUAUAAGAUGCCCUGUAAAGGAAUGUGAUGAAGAGAUCUUGCAUGGAAAAUAUGGCCAGCACCUCUCCAGCCACAAGGAGAUGAAAGAUAGAGAGCUCUAUAGCCACAUAAAUAAAGGUGGCCGACCGAGGCAGCAUCUUCUGUCUUUGACCAGGAGAGCUCAGAAACAUCGUCUGAGAGAACUGAAACGUCAAGUCAAGGCUUUUGCUGAGAAAGAAGAGGGUGGUGAUAUAAAGGCUGUAUGCAUGACUUUGUUCCUGCUAGCUUUAAGAGCAAAAAAUGAACACAAACAAGCAGACGAAUUGGAGGCUAUAAUGCAAGGGAGGGGAUCUGGACUUCACCCUGCUGUCUGCCUGGCGAUCCGAGUCAACACGUUUCUCAGCUGUAGCCAAUAUCACAAAAUGUAUAGAACUGUAAAAGCUGUCAGUGGGAGGCAGAUUUUCCAGCCACUGCAUGCUCUUCGCACUGCUGAGAAAGCUCUCUUACCAGGUUAUCAUCCAUUCGAGUGGAAACCUCCCUUGAAAAGUGUCUCCACUAACACAGAAGUGGGAAUUAUAGAUGGACUAUCAGGAUUGCCACUCUCAAUUGAUGACUACCCGGUAGACACAAUUGCGAAGAGAUUUCGAUAUGAUACAGCCUUGGUUUCUGCCUUAAAGGACAUGGAAGAAGAGAUCUUGGAGGGCAUGAAAGCAAAAAACCUGGAUGACUACUUGAAUGGUCCCUUCACUGUGGUAGUAAAAGAGUCCUGUGAUGGAAUGGGAGAUGUCAGCGAGAAGCACGGAAAUGGGCCUGCUGUCCCAGAGAAGGCCGUUCGCUUUUCUUUUACAGUUAUGAACAUUUCUAUAGCCCAUGGGAACGAAAGGAUAAGGAUCUUUGAAGAAGUAAAGCCCAAUUCAGAGUUAUGUUGCAAGCCCUUGUGCCUUAUGCUGGCCGACGAAUCGGAUCAUGAAACUCUGACGGCGAUCCUGAGCCCUCUCAUAGCAGAAAGAGAGGCUAUGAAGAACAGCGAACUGCUACUUGAAAUGGGAGGCAUCCUGAGAACAUUCAAAUUCAUCUUUCGGGGUACAGGAUAUGAUGAGAAACUUGUACGGGAAGUGGAAGGGCUGGAGGCCUCAGGUUCCACUUACAUCUGUACCCUCUGUGACGCGACCCGCCUGGAGGCAUCCCAGAAUUUGGUCUUCCACUCCAUCACCAGGAGCCACGCUGAAAAUCUGGAGAGAUAUGAAAUAUGGAGGUCCAACCCUUAUAAUGAAUCUGUUGAUGAGCUCCGUGACAGAGUGAAGGGUGUUUCAGCCAAACCUUUUAUUGAGACUGUUCCCUCCAUAGAUGCGUUGCACUGUGACAUUGGCAAUGCAACGGAGUUCUACAGGAUUUUCCAGAUGGAGAUCGGUGAAGUCUACAAGAAUCCUGAUGCAUCUAAAGAGGAGAGGAAGAGAUGGCAGUUGACUCUUGACAAACACCUCAGGAAGAAGAUGAACUUAAAACCUAUGAUGAGGAUGAGUGGAAACUUCGCGAGAAAGCUCAUGUCCAAAGAGACGGUAGAGGCAGUAUGUGAAUUAAUAAAGUGUGAGGAAAGGCAUGAAGCCCUGAAAGAACUAAUGGACCUUUAUCUGAAAAUGAAACCAGUGUGGCGAUCUUCAUGUCCUGCCAAGGAGUGCCCAGAAUUGCUGUGCCAGUACAGCUACAAUUCACAGCGUUUUGCUGAGCUCCUAUCUACAAAGUUCAAGUACCGAUAUGAAGGCAAGAUUACAAAUUAUUUCCACAAAACCCUUGCUCAUGUUCCUGAAAUCAUUGAAAGAGAUGGGUCCAUUGGUGCCUGGGCAAGUGAAGGAAAUGAGUCUGGAAACAAACUGUUUAGGAGGUUCCGAAAAAUGAAUGCCAGGCAGUCCAAAUUCUAUGAAAUGGAGGAUGUCUUGAAGCAUCACUGGCUAUAUACAUCUAAGUACCUCCAGAAGUUCAUGAAUGCUCAUAAAACAUUAAGAAGCCAGGGCUUCACCAUUGAUCCAGAGGAUAGUUUAGGUGAUUCCUUGCCGCUGGAGGUCUCUUUGGAAGGCAAUGAUUCAGAGGAACUCUAAACGUAAAGUGUGCUUGGUGUUGGGUUUGUGAUGGUGUCUUCCUGUGAGGAGAUAGCUUCCUUCUCAAGCCUGUAGAGGUACAGGGAAGUGUGAAACUAUCAUCUUUAUACUCUAUAUAAAGGUGCUGAGUGGAGUUUAAUAAAAUACCAUGUCUGUUGGGAGCUUCCAAAAGAGGCAAUGCAGUGGUGCAUUUACCAGUUAUUAUGUGAGCGGGAAGUGGAAACAAAUUGCAAAGAAGCAUCUCCAGUUUAUUUUGGUCUCAGUGUUGUUUAUACAUGAGAAACCCAAAGUAAACGAGGUUUUAUAGAGAGCAAUACUUUGGAAUGAAUAUGAUUCUGGAGAGUUAUGACACUUGCUGAAGAAGUGAGCAUGGCUAUUUGUUCUGUUUGCAUUUUUUAAACUAUUUUGCUAUUUACUUUUCAAGAGGGUUUGAUUAUUUUAUUGAUGGUUAUUUGGCUUUUAUAAGUCAAGGUCUGGCAGUGAGACAGUUGGGUAAUUGUUCUGGGAUAAAGUUCAGGUAUUUUUAUAUGAUAUAUUGACUAAAGAUGCAAACUGAUUUCAAACAUUUAAAAAUAUUAUUUAACACGUAGAUUGUAGUACUGCUUAGGAGCAGGCGGUGGUAUCGGCAAGGUAAUUUACUAUAUGAAGAUAUAGGAAGGUAACUAUAAUAUUUUAAAGAUAUUUUUAUCAUAGUCCAUUUACUCUAAAAUGCAAACCAGUUCUUGUGCUCCUAAAUCAGCAUUUGCAGUGUCUUGUGCUUAUCUCACUAUUCAAACUACACUCAAGCUCUGCUGUGCAGCUUGUUGCUUGAUAUGCAUUUUAGAUUUCGAUGGUAACCUCGGUAUAUAGUAUAAUUUGUAUCAGUGUAAUUUUAAUGGGUGGAUUCCUGGCCUUACUGAAGUCACCAGUAAAUCGUCAUGAAUACCCACAGUUUCACAAGGUGACUACAAGUCACAGCAGAGUGGUUUCUCAGGGGAUGGGCAUUAACUUGAUUAGGUACAUGUCAGUGUUCUGAUUUUCUGUAUUAGAACAGUUCACUGACCACUUGCGAUAUGCUCUAACAGUAUGCCAUGCUGAGCUUUUUCACAUCUGGGAUAUAUCACUUACAGUCUCAUUUUCUAGAUAUAUAAAACGGGAAUGACAUUUAUUAACCUCAAGGAUAGUUUGCAUAAAGGCGUAGUGAGAAAACAAUGAGCUGCCUUGAAAUUACUGCGUAGCAUAUUUUACAUCAUUACAACAAUGUUUAGUUAGCAUUCCUCUACUUAUCUUAUACUAUAUUAGGAGCACCAUUAUGUUGGUGGUAUUUGCCUUUCUGAAGUGUCAUUGCUACGUGACUGAAGGCCACUUAGAUCAGAUGAGAUUGCACUGGUAAUCCUUGUGGAUAAUGUAGUUUUUCAUUAGCAGCCAUGGGUAAAAGGGUUUCAAAGUUAACUUGUAUAAGCUUUGAGAUUUGGAACCUAAAUUAUUUCUGGACCUAUCAUCUCUGUAAAGGAGCAGGUCUAGACCUUCAUUCAGCAAAGUGUUCAAGUGCAAGCUUAAAUUCAAGUGUGUGAGUUGACCGUUGAAUGCAAGCAUGCUUACAUCUUAAAAAUAUUUUUAAAUAUUAAAAUCAUAUGAAUUUCAUUUAAUGAUAUGGUCAAGAAAUAUACUCAGAAGUAUCUGAGAUACCUCUAAAUCACCUAGCCUUUCUGAAACAAGAGUAAAUGCAUGAACAAUCAAAGCAGAGAUCUAAAAGAACCUGCUUUUUGUUUUUAUUUUGAUGUGGCAGGAGCUGGUUUGUGAGUGUGGAGAUACAACAGAUUUAAAGAAUGGAUGGUCUGAGGUUCGGGUAGUAGUAUCUUGCUCAUGUUAUUUAAUACAUCUUUGAAGGUCUGGUAUUUACUGUUUAUGGACUAUGAAAAUGUAGGAUUAAGUGUUAGUAACUAGUACAAAUAUUAAUAACAUUCUGAUUAUGCCUUUCUUUUGAUUUUAUUAUUUUAAAUCCUUAUUUUUAAAAUAUUUUGUAAUUUAGGAUUUAGUUUUUAUAUGUUGUCUUUAAACAUAGUUUAAUAUUAUGUCAAAAUUUUGGGCUGGAAAUAAUGCCUUUUGCUUAAAAUAUUUUCUUGUCUAAGCAGUCAUAAGAACUGCAGUCUUUUGUAUGGUUUACCAUAUACAUCUGCACUUACUGAGUGUUCAUUUGGAGAUUAAAUUAUUUCUUUCAAUUCUUUGAAUAAAACAAGUAUUUCCCAUACAGCAUAACUGCCAGGUUUACAUAAGUAUCGUUUUUUACCAAUAAAUGCAGGCAACAAGAACUGCUGUUUCCCAUGGAGUAAAAAUAUCAGGUAUAUGAUAAAGAACAUCCUUUAGAUGUAAAUGCAGACAAAAUUUGUAUUUUUUUCAUCUACUAUGUUUCAUUAUGCAAAUACUUGCAUGCUGCUUCUUUUUUUUUUCUUUUUUUCUAUUUUUUUUCUUUUUUUCCCUUGUGUGCCUAUUUGGGGCAACUGUAUUACCUUAAGUUUUUAUUCUUGCCUCUACACGAAUAACCUACAGCCUGGUUUAACAGUACUGACUCAGCUCAUGGUGGCUUUCGCCCCCUUUGAAUGGUUUAUAUAUUCAUGCUGCCUUUGCACAGGAGUGAACUUCACCCACAAGAAAUCCUGACCUGUUCCUUGCAUUGCAUAUGCGCCACUGGAGAGACAGGCCAGACUUUGGUCAUUUUGCACAUGUAAUUUCAAUGACUUUGCUGACAUUUUCAAAUUCCGAAUUCACUUUUACAAGCUGCUUAUACAAGAGCAAGCGAUUCGUCUCACUACCUUCAAAAGGGUUGAGUAAAUGUUAUCCAUAUGUGUAUGAUUUCUCAAGACCAGCCUUAGAUCCUGGCUGAACUCAACAGGCUGAACUCAACAGGCUGAACUGCGCAUGGGCCGGGCCAUGGGCAUUCAGGGACAUGCAAAAUUAUUCUUUUGUGAGAUUUUAUUGAGCCGUCGAGACACAUUUCACAUUCCACCAAGUAUGGUAAGAACAGUUGACACAGACAACUAUUACUAUUCUUUUUCCUUUUCUUUAGACUUGAAUCUAGUUUAAUCUUUUCUUCUUUUUCCCAUUGUUGACGUUUCCUGUAAAUCAAGAGACUCUCUUUGAGAGUUUUGAACUCAUUAAAACAAACAGCACUGAAAGAGUAGGUACCUGCAAGUGAAGCUUUGUAAACAGGAAUAAAAUAACAAUGCUGCUUGCACACUGGCAUGCAUCUGAAGGCAAACAAAUUUUGACUGCAGACAGGUGCAUCAUUUGUUUACUCAGGCUAUUGUUAAGCAUUUUGGUUUUGAAGAGGCUUUAGAAAAGUGGAGACACUUUUAUUCAUGGCACUCUCUCAAACCUUCACAUUUUCUUUUUUAAUGCUAAUACUUGGUACAAAUCCUUCAGUAAUUACUUCAUGGUGAAUGCUUUUCUUAUUUUGAAAUUGUAUUGACUGC